UUCCUCUUUUCCACGUGCAUUUCAUUGAACAAAACCACGCGUUGUUCAGUCUGAUCUUGACUUUAUUAAAUUUGACCAGAAAACACCAAAAAACUGUUAAAAUGGCCCAAAAGAAAGCCGUAACCGCCAAGGGCAAAAAGGCAACGAAUGGAGUGGCAAAACCUUUGGCCAAACGUGUUACGAAGUCUAUUAAGGUACAGGAAGAAAAGGAGACAGUAGUCGCCAAAUCGCCUUCCAAAAAAUCAAAAAAACUGCCUGUAAAGGAAGUGCCGCAGUCUAGUGAAGAGGACGAAUCGGAUGUCGAGAAGCAAAGUGACGAACAGGCACAGGACGACAGCGACUUUGAGACCGGAGAGGCAGCUGAUUUCAUUGAGGACGAGGCUGAGGAAGAUGAAGAGGACAAUAGUGACGAAGAGGAAGAUGAUGACGAUGAGUUGGAGCCUGGUGAGGUUUCCAAAAGCGAAGGCGCGGAUGAGGUAGAAAACUCAGACGAUGAUGAUGAAGCGCCUGUAGAGAAACCAGUUUCGAAAAAAUCGGAAAAAGUGUCGGAGAAAAAUAGCGGAAUUCCAAAAGUUCACGUCAACAAAAUUCCCCAGGGAACGCCUCAUAACCAGAUACUUUUUGUCGCCAACCUACCAAACGAGUAUCUCCACAAGGACUUAGUCGCAUUAUUUGCGAAGUUUGGACCACUUACCGCUCUGCAGCGUUUUACUAAUCAAAAUAAUGGCAAUACAGUUCUAAUUGCCUUUAAAACGCCAGCUGGAGUAGAAAAUGCUUUGCAGGCCAAGGCUAAAGCUUUAACCCUUGGAGACAAUGUUUUGUCUGUGUCCCUGAUGAGAAAUAAGGAAGAGGACAACGAACGCACGGUGACAGUUGGCCUGAUUGGAACCAAUGUUACCAAGACAGAUUUGAAGACCUAUAUUGAAAAGGUAGCUCCCGUGGAGUCGGUGACUUUUAGCGCUAACCGCCUUAAUCCCAAAGCCUUUGUACGUUUGGUGUCGGUCGAUGACGUACCAAAGGUUCUUAAACUGCACAGCACUGAGCUGUUUUCUCGCUUUAUAACGGUUUGUCCAUUGAAGCAAAACACGAUUACAAGGACCAGUGAGCAUACCUUGAUUAUCGAAAAUGUGGGCAGACACGAGUCUUACAGCUCCGACGCUCUAGAAAAGAUAUUCAAAAAAUUUGGUGAUGUUAAAGAAGUUGACGUUUUGUGCAGCAAACAAGUUUUAGCUUUUGUCACGUUCAAGGAGUCAGAUGCGGCCACAAAGGCUUUAGCUGAAGUCGAUGGAAAGACUAUUAAUAAUGUUGAGUUUAAGGUUCACCGAUUCGCUGACCGGGGGAGGUCCAUUCUUGUCACGAACUUGACUUCAGUUGUCUCUGAAGCCGACCUGCGAAAAGUGUUUAACGAUAGCGGCGAAAUUGAAACCAUCCAAAUGCUGGGCAAUAGAGCGAUAAUACAGUUCAAAGACGUUGACGGUUUCUGCAAAUCUUUCUUGGCUAAUGAAAGCCUUGUAAACAACAUCCCCAUUUUUAUCGAGCCAAACUCUGCGCUAAAGCAUAGAUGGUUAAAACAACGCUUAGCUGCUACUGGCCAAGCCCAAGGCCCGCGUAAGUUUCAAAAGGACUUCAAGCCCAACUUUGGCAAAAAACCAUUUAAUAAGCGACCGGCACAGGAGAAUGGUGGCAAAUCGUUUAAUAAAAGGGCCAGAUUUUAGAACUUGGAAAACUUACCAGAAUUAGAUUUAAGUUGCGCAGUACCAUAUAUACGGCCACAGCCCUAUAAUUCCAUACAGCUUGAUGUAAUGGAUUUAGACGAUAAGAGAUUCUUCUUUAAAUUUUACCGGAUAAAUGCUAUUCGUGUUUUAAACAGAUGUCGAUUUUUAUAAGCAUCGGUCAUGAAACUAAAUAAAAACAAUGCAACCCCGGAAAAAA